GAAUAUGGACAAUGUUGGGACUUCCGAAAUACCGCCGAAAGACAAACAACAUUUUCGUUAUAAAUCAGAAUGGAUUGAUGAUCUUGACGUAGAUGGAAAUCAUAUAAAAGAAAAAAUGUUUGAAUCUGAGGAGGAAGCUGGGGAUUUUUACAAUUUUUAUGCCAAAUGUACGAGAUUUUCAAUCAGAAAGGAUGAUGUACGACGCAACAAAAGCUCGGGUAUGAUUGACAUGCGUAAAUGGGUUUGUUCUAAGGAAGGGUUCCGUGAUAAAAAGUGGUUAGAAAAGGAAGAUAUAUCAAGAGAACCCAGGCCCCUGACUAGAGUUGGUUGCCCAGCAGUAUUUCGUGUCAAGUACAACAAGAGGCUAAAGAAGUUUGUUGUCACGGAAUUCGUAAAGAAACACAACCAUGAACUCAUGACUGAGGAGGGCGUAUCAUUUUUGUUCUCCCAUCAAUCGGUGAAGGAGUCUGAUCUUGUAGAAGCGAUUUCCAUGCAUGAAGUCGGUUGGCGUACGAGUGAGAUAAUGAAUUUUUUUGCACAUCGAGCAGGUGGAUACCACAAAAUUGGCUUUACCUUGAAAGAUUUGUAUAACUCUGUCUAUGCCAAACGAAAAGCAGACAUACGAGACGGGGAUGCGGAAGGUGCUUUGGCCUAUUUCAGUGCAAAAAAAGAUUCGGAUCCAUCAUUUUUCUUCAAGUUUGAUGUCGACGAAAGCAAUCGAUUACGUCAUUUAAUAUGGGUUGAAUCUAGGUGCCAGUCAGAUUACCAAUAUUUUGGAGACGUGUUGGUGUUUGAUACGACCUACAGGACUAAUGCUUAUCGGAAACCUCUGGUCAUAUUAGCCGGUGUAAAUAACCAUUACAUGACUACAAUUUUUGGGGCUGCACUGUUGUCAGAUGAAACUGAAGAGACAUACGUUUGGGUCUUAGAGACCUUUGUAGCUGCAAUGGGAGGUAAAAAACCUAUUUCAGUUAUCACAGAUGGGGAUAAUUCUAUGAGACUAGCCAUAGAGAAUGUUCUUCCAGAGGCGAGGCAUAGAUUGUGUAGUUGGCACCUUCAACGGAAUGCGGCCGUAAAUGUACAUUCCACGUGCUUUUGUCAAGCCUUCUACAAAUGUAUGGAUAAAAUUUGCAGCAAAGAAGAAUUUGAAAGGAGCUGGAAGGAUUGUAUCCAAAAGCAACAAGUUGAAAAUAACUCAUGGGUAAACGAGACGUAUUCAAAACGUUCAAAGUGGGCAGAAGCAUACUUAAGGGGACAUUUUUUCGGAAAUAUGAAAUGCACUCAGCGGUGUGAAGGAUAUGGUGAAUUAUGUGACACAAUCGCUCGGGUGACAAAUAGAAUGCAUGAAAUUUAUUCCAACUCCUGUCCUUCUGACAAUGAAACCGAUGCUUCAAAGAAAAAUGAAAAGCAUCAGUUUGGUGUGCGUGAUCCAAUAAUUACAAAAACUAAAGGAUCAAGUGGUUUACAUUCCAAACAAAGACCAAGAAGGUGUAGAAAAUGCAGGCUUCCUGGACACAAUAAAACAACAUGCCCCAAGAUGAAAUCUCGAGAAGAUGACAAAGAUUCAUUGGAUUUUGACACUUCAGGCGAGGAUAAUAGCCAAGAUCAAUCUUCUUUUCAUGCCAGUUCAAGGAGGGGAUAUCACAGUUGUGAAUAUGCAAACUCUAGCCAUGUGAAUGAACAACCAAAUGCUUUUCCUACAUCUAAUCAAUAUUCUGGAAAUGACUUAAGCUUCCAGUGUGGAAGCUCAAUUUGGCAUUUCCAGUCAAACAAGCAUCAGAAUGGAGAGAAGGGGUUUGGAUGA